AUGCCUGAUCAUUUGAAACCUGCAAAUAACGAAGUAGUAACACACCGACCUUGCUCUACAGCUUUCCUACUGUUUCAGCUUGUUCUACAGAUCAAGCUUGCAUCAAGGAAGAAACUGAAAAAUGUUUACAUGCCAGUUAAUCCAUGGCACCCAACAUUGAUUCGCAGAGCAUAGCUUCUGUUUGCAGCUUCUUUGUUUCCCUAUCUUGGUUUCUUGUACUUCAUCACCAAGUCCAAGACUUCCCCAAAGCUCACGCUUUUUGGGUUUUACUUCUUGCUUGCAUAGGCAUUUGUUGGGGCAACCAUCCCUGCAGGAAUUUAUGCAAAGGUGAACUACGGCACUUCCUUGGCGAAUGUCGAUUGGUUACACGGUGGGGCGGAGUCACUUCUCACUCUAACCAACAUAUUCAUUGUGUUGGGUUUGAGAGAAGCUCUGAGGGAAGCUAAAGAGAAAGAAGGAACAUCAGAGUCUAAUUCAGGGUUGAAAGAGGAAAAUAAAACUUCUAUUUAG